GCUCACGCCCGCGGACGGGCGCGCGGCUGUGACGUCACUGCGUCGUUGGUAAGGGGCUGGCGGUCGGGGAGCUGCGUAGCUCCCGGCCCCGCGGCAAUGCCCAAGCGGGGCUGCCCUUUCGCGGACGCGGCCCCGCUACAGCUCAAGGUCCGCGUGGGCCAGAGGGAGGUGAGCCGCGGCGUCUGUGCCGAGCGCUACUCGCAGGAGGUCUUCGAGAAGACCAAGCGACUCCUCUUCCUCGGGGCCCAGGCCUACCUGGACCAUGUGUGGGAUGAAGGCUGUGCCGUCGUUCACCUGCCAGAGUCCCCAAAGCCUGGCCCUACAGGGGCGCCGAGGGCUGCACGUGGGCAGAUGCUGAUUGGACCAGACGGCCGCCUGAUCAGGAGCCUUGGGCAGGCCUCCGAAGCUGACCCAUCCGGGAUAGUGUCCGUCGCCUGCUCCUCAUGUGUGCGAGCCGUAGAUGGGAAGGCAGUCUGCAGCCAGUGUGAACGAGCCCUGUGCGGGCAGUGUGUGCGCACCUGCUGGGGCUGUGGCUCCGUGGCCUGUACCCUGUGUGGCCUCGUGGAGUGCAGUGACAUGUACGAGAAAGUGCUGUGCACCAGCUGCGCCAUGUUCGAGACCUGAGGCUGGCUCAAGCCGGCCCCUUCACGGAGAGCCACGCCGCGCAUGGCAGCCUUCCCUGGACGAGCGCUCGGUGUUCACGCUGAACUCUGGGGUCGGUGGGAAGGCCUUUUACGUGUUCUAUUUUGUAUCCUAAUGACAGAGUGAAUAAACCUCUUUAUAUUUGCACAA